UGCUCAAAACCCCUAUCCGUUACUGCAAAUGGAACCGUUUCAGUAUUCUAACUGCGGGAAACAGUUCAAGCAAUCCACUACCCUGAUAACACAUCAGCAGAAUCACAACGCAGAGAGACCAUUCACCUCCUCAGGGAAUGGGAAAAGAUUGACUCGCUCGUCUCAGCUGACGACGCAACUUCAAGCUCACACCAGGGAGAGACUGUCUAUCUGCUCCGAGGGCGGGAAGAAAUUCAAUCGAUCGUCCCAUCUGAUGAGGCACCAGCAGGUUCACACCGGGGAGAAGCCGUUCACCUGCACUGAGUGCGGGAAGUGGUUCACUCAGUCGUCCAGCUUAAUAACGCACCAGCGGAUCCACACCGGGGAGAGGCCGUUCACUUGUUCUGGGUGCGGGAAGGGAUUCACUCGGUCGACUAGCUUAUUGGCGCACCAGCGGGUCCACACUGGUGAGAGGCCGUUCACUUGUUCUGAGUGCGCGAAGGGAUUCACUCAGUCGACCAGCUUAUUGCCCCACCAGCCGGUUCACACAGGGGAGCAGCCGUACACCUGCGGCGAAUGUGGGAAGAGAUUCACGCAAUCCUCCAACCUGAUGAUGCACCAGCGAGUUCACACCGGAGAGAGGCCCUUCACCUGCUCCAUGUGCGGAAAAAGAUUUCCAGAUUCUUCUUACUUGCUGAGACACCAGCGGAUUCACACCGGAGAGAGGCCGUUCAUCUGCACCGAGUGUGGGAAGGGGUUCACUCAGUCAUCGGCCCUUGCCAGGCACCAGCGAGUCCACACUGGGGAGAAGCCAUUCACCUGCUCCCAGUGUGGGAGAGGAUUUGCUCUGUCUUCCAACCUGCUGAGACAACAGAAAAUUCACACUGGGGAGAAGAUUUAA